CUUCUAUUAUGGCGGGAAAAUGUCCACGGAGUCCCUAGUCUCAUAUAAAACCCUAACUCGUCUUCAAGACCCACAUAAUCUCAACCCUCCUCACUCCUCUCUGCGAUCACCUUCUCUAUUGUUUUCACCGAUAAAUUGCUGCCCUAACAUGUCUCGAAAAGCCAUGUUCGACCUCUUUUCUCGAAGAAUAUAGGUUUUUUUGGCUCUGUACAACAGUCCUCAUCAGUUGUUUGGGGUUUGUUCAAUCGAAUUUGGGGCUUUCACUGAGAAAAUUUGUUUUUUGAUCUCACUUGGAUAAAAAUGGCUGAUGUGUUUGAAGAGGAAGCUGAAGCUGAGCCCACGGUUUCAAUCCACGAGUACCUCAAGGAUGUUGAGGAUCAGGAAUUGGAAGCGGAUUUGGUUUUGGGUGGCGAUGAGGGCAAAGAGUGCACCUAUACCAAAGGUUAUAUGAAGAGGCAGGCGAUUUUCUCGUGCUUGACCUGCACUCCUGAUGGGAAUGCCGGGGUUUGCACAGCAUGUAGCUUGUCUUGCCAUGAUGGCCAUGAGAUUGUGGAAUUGUGGACCAAGAGAAACUUUAGGUGUGAUUGUGGAAACUCAAAGUUUGGGGAGUUCUUUUGCAAGCUUUUCCCAAACAAAGAUAUCGAAAAUGUGGAGAAUUCAUAUAAUCAUAACUUCAAAGGUUCAUAUUGCACCUGCGGUCGCCCCUAUCCUGAUCCAGAAGCCGAGGAACAGGUAGAGAUGAUUCAGUGCUGUAUUUGUGAGGACUGGUUUCAUGAGGAACAUAUUGGGCUUGAAUCUUCUGAUGAGAUUCCAAGAGAUGAGGAAGGGGAGCCUUUAUAUGAGGAUUUUAUUUGCCAGGUCUGCUCAGCAGUUUGUUCUUUCUUGACCCUUUAUCCUCAAACCAUUUGGGCGGCAAUAAGGCAACAUGAGACCACUAAGGCUACCCCUACAAAUGUUACCAAAGAUAAAGCUGUGCUGGAAGAUGCACCUACACCUUGUGGGUCCUCUGAGAAGCUUGAUAAUAGAAUUUCUUCUUCAGAAUCUACCAAAGUAAAUUGUCCCGUGACUGUGGCUAGUUCUGAAACAGUGUCUGUUGGGAAGGAUUUGCUUGUCGGUGAAAACUCUGGCAAAAAUACAGAUUCAAAUCAAUGCAUUCAGGGUGCUGGUCCAAGCACUCAAUGUGUUGUCAGAGUUGAUCUGGUUGUAUCUCCACCUCUUGUAGAGAAGAGUAAACCAAUGUUUCUUUCUAAAAACUGGAGAGAUGUUCUCUGCAGAUGCGAAAAAUGUGGAAACUUCUAUACCCAAAAGGGGAUUGGUUUCUUGCUCGACAAGGAGGACUCUAUCGCGGAAUAUGAAAAAAUGGCAAAGGAGAAGAGGGAUGAGAAGCUGCAGCAACAGGAGGGUGUUGAGUUAAAUUUUCUCAAUAAACUUGGUCAUGUGGAGAAAAUGGAGAUCCUGAAUGGCAUUGCUGACAUGAAGAAUGAGAUUCAUUCUUUCCUGGAGUCCUUUGACUCAUCAAAGCCGAUCACAUCAGAAGAUGUCCACCAAGUUUUUGAGAAUCUUGCCAAGAAGCGCCGACGAAUGCCUUAAGUUAUCUCUGGAUCUUUCUUGCAGUUCUCGUUGUAUUUAUCGAUCUUGCGUAUCCUUUGUUACCUUAGAAACUGGUCCAGCCAGGUUCAGAAACAUCAUGAAGCAUGCAUAUUUACUGUUUUAAGUCUGAGGACUCAAACUGCCAACUUGUGGACUUGUGUAAGUAUUAACAUCAAGAAUCUUAUUAGGCUUUUGUGCUAUUUAACUGCAGGUUUUGCAAAUUUUAUGAAGGCCUAUGGAGCCUAAGGAUUGCAUUUUAACUGUUGCUAUUAAAUUUUAUUUUCCCUAGGAUUUGUUUA